AUGAGCGACGUAGAGAAGCGCUCGGCAUCGCGGGACUCUAGUAAAGAGGCAAAUCAUGUGGAAACUUUUGAUGGACUUCCUCCUGAUCCAGAUGCGCAUCUUUCCCAGGAAGAAAGGGAUAAGAUUGAUGCAAAACUCAUUCGAAAACUUGAUUGGAUAUUAAUACCUUGGCUUUGCAUUUUAUAUUUGCUUGCUUUCUUAGAUCGGACCAACAUUGGCAACGCGAAAGUCGCGAAUCUUCCACAGGAUUUGCACCUGAGGCUACCGGACCAGUACAAUGAGACACUUACGAUUUUCUUCAUUUCGUACUCACUCUUCGAGCCUCUCACAAAUGUGCUACUAAAGAAACUACGGCCGUCCGUGUUUAUACCAAUAAUCAUGGUGCUAUGGGGUGCUUCGAUGACCGGAAUGGGCUUCGUAUACAAUUAUUCGGGCAUCAUGGCAGCACGUUGGUUCCUCGGUCUAGCCGAGGCGGGGCUUUUCCCCGGCGUAAAUUAUUAUCUGUCAUGUUGGUAUCGCCGAUCCGAGUUCGGUGUCCGUGCUGCUAUCUUCUUCUCAGCAGCAGCUCUUUCUGGAUCUUUCGGUGGUCUCCUUGCCGCCGCAAUAGAAUUGAUGAACGGCAUCGGCGGUCGACCUGGUUGGGCUUGGAUAUUUAUCUUGGAAGGACUCCUUACUGUGGUGUUCGGCUUCGCAUCGUUCUGGAUGGUGCAUGACUUCCCGGACCAAGCUCGAUUCCUCUCGGAAGAGGACCGCAUCCGCGUUGUACGUCGACUCAAGCUGGACCAGCAAUCUUCGGCCGAACACGAGGAAUGGAAGAUGAGUUACCUCAUCGCCGGUCUCAAAGAUUGGAAGAUGUGGCUUGGAAUGGUCAUCUACAUGGGCUGCGACAUGCCCUUAUACGCCUUUUCGCUUUUCUUGCCCAGUAUUAUUCAGGAGCUAGGCUGGAGCACUACUACCGUCCGCGCUCAACUUCUGAGUGUACCUCCCUAUGCCGCCGCCGCUCUACUCACCGUAGUUGUCGGUUUCGUCGCCGAUCGCACGCGACAACGCGGCCUGUGCAAUAUCGUCAUUAGUCUCGUCGGAAUUGCCGGGUUCCUGAUGCUUCUCGCGUCCACCGACCCCAGGGUUAAGUACGCUGGUACCUUCCUUGGCGCCCUCGGCAUAUACCCUUGCAUCUCUAAUACCAUCACUUGGAUGGCGAACAACACUGAGGGUGUGUAUAAGCGGGGCGUCGUUCUCGGUUUCGUGAUCGGCUGGGGCAACUUAAACGGCAUAGUUAGCUCGAACAUCUACUUCAGCCCGCCUCGAUACCUGGAAGGCCACAGCGUCAUGAUUGCGUAUAUGACCCUAUUUCUGUUUGGUGGCAGCUUACUCAUGACGUUACUUCUGCGCCUCGAGAACAAGAAGAGGCGCCAGGGCAAGCGCGACUACCGCAUCGAAGGCAAGAGCGCGGCUGAGAUCGAGGCUUUGGGUGACGGGAAACCUGACUUCAUGUACACGGUCUAA